AUGGAUAUCCACCGCUGUCGUUUCCUACCGUACCCUCCCUCCGCCAUCAACGCCAUCGCCUUCUCCCAUCCCCGUGCCCAGAAUGCGGAGCAGGCCAGUAGCGCGCGUCUGGCCAUCGGCAGAGAGAAUGGCGACAUUGAAAUCUGGAACCCUCUGAAUGGCACGUGGUUGCAGGAGAAGACCAUCCAUGGAGGAAGUGACCGAAGCAUCGAUGGCUUGGUUUGGGUCACUGAACCCGAUCGUAACCUAGCGGACGACAAGGUUGCCGCAGGGCGCAUGCGCCUUUUCAGUAUCGGAUCGAGCUCAACAAUUACCGAAUGGGAUCUCCUUGAGGGUGCCCCGAAGCGCCAUGCCACCGGCAACCACGGCGAGAUCUGGUGUCUUGCGGCCCAGCCAAUCUCGUCUGGGAAGUCCAAGUCCGACUCCACUUCCCAGAUUCCUAGGCUCAUCGCGGGCACUAUAAAGGGAGAGCUUAUUAGCUAUACCAUCGAAGACGACACUUUGCGCUUUGACAAAGUCCUCGUCCGAUUCCAGGCCAAGAAGCAUCAGGCACUUAGCCUUGCUUUUGUGAAUGCGCAUACCGCGGUGGUUGGCUGUUCCGACAGCAUUAUUCGAGUAUACGAUAUCAGGAAAGGCAUGCUUGUCAACACCAUGACUCUCGGAUCUGAUCUCGCCGGAGGAGCUAGGGAUAUCAUAGUGUGGUCCGUCAAGUGCCUUCCGGAUGGCGACAUUGUAUCCGCCGAUUCGACUGGUCAGGUCUGUAUCUGGGACAGCAAAACAUAUACUCAGACUCAGCGCCUGCAGAGCCACGAUUCCGAUGCGCUGAGCCUGGCUGUUAGCGCUGACGGAUCUAUCAUCGCGAGCGGAGGAAUGGAUCGGCGAACUAUCUUCUACAAAAAGGUUACUGGAAGUGAUCGUUGGGGCAAAGUGUGGGGCCGCCGAUAUCACGACCACGACGUCAAGGCGAUGGCGGCAUUUGAAAGCGGAAAUAAGAGCGUGAUUGUCUCCGGAGGCCCUGACGCCGCGCCGGUUGUUCUACCUAUGAGAGAGUUUGGUCUCGAAAAUCACCGAAAACUAGCGCAUCUUCCCCAGCAACCGCCACUUUUGAGUGCCACCAAUGCUCGGUUCAUCGUCAGUUGGUGGGGCCAAGAAGUUCACGUUUGGUCUCUGCGACGACCCUUCGGUCCCAUGUACAAGAAAUCGCCUGGGUCGGAUGUGGACGGUAACCAGAAGUUGCUCAAGACCAUCGUUCUUAGCACCGAAUCGAACAUUUCGUCAGCAGUAAUCAGCCCGGAUGGAUCGUUCCUCGCCGUAUCAUCCGCAGCAUCAGGCGUCAAAGCCUUCCACCUCCGUCAUAAGAACCCGACAGUCGCCGCCGAUGUCCAAGUCUCACCCGUAAAGCUUCCCGCCGACUUUGCGCAGGUUGGGCCGGCUAGCCUCUGCCUCUCCCCGGACUCGAAAUGGCUAUGCAUAGUAAGGGAAGGCAGCGAAGUCUUGGCCUCGAGAAUAGAUCGUACAAAUGCAUCACAGAAGUCGUCUCCAGCCUUCUCGGUGUCAAAAUGGCAGCGACUGAAGCGCCUACGGCGGGAUGUCCCGCGGCACAAGCUUCUCGGCGGGCUUGGUUCAUACGACAGGAGUAUUACUCGAACUUGCUUUUCUCCUGAUAGCAAGAUGCUAGCUACUGCUGACCUAGCCGGAUACAUUGACACAUGGGUAUUACGCGGCCCUAAAGUAUCCACGGCGGGCAAGGAAGGAGUGGAUGAUGAUGGAAACUCCUCCUCAUCUUCAUCAUCUGACUCGGACGCAGAGGUGAAUGGUAACGGAGUGAGCAACGACUCUAAAGCCGGAAACACAAGAUGGACACGAAACCCCGCGUCUCGGCAACUCCCCAAGUUGUCGUCGACGCCUGUGGUACUCUCUUUUUCCCCCGAUGUUCCUCGUUCUGCGAUGACGAAUGGAACCUCGGAAGCAAACCCGGAUACGAAGGUGUCUGACGACUAUACUCUCUUGGCGGUCACAGCGCCAUUUGAUGUCCUCGCAUUCCACCCCCUCCAGGGCUCCCUAACGCACUGGACGCGGCGAACGAGAGGUGCACGUCUGCCGCCAGAAAUGCUCGACGUGCGUGACGCCGCAAAGGGAGUAGUGUGGCAAGGCUCACGUGCGUGGAUAUAUGGACCGAGCUUUAUCUUCAUGCUGGACUUACACGUAGAUCCCAAGAUCUCAGCUCUGCAAAGCAAAAAGCGCAAGAGGAUAGAUCCCGAUAGCGGAGCCGGUAACAGAAUGCAGGUUGGCGCCCUCGGCCCUCACAAAGUGUUCAAGCUAGAUGGGGCCUCGAAAGAAGCGCACACGUUCCAAAACGUUGCGCGGAAGGGAGAUGACAUGGAUAUCAGUGAUGACGAAACCAACGAAGGUACGAAUACGCAUAGCGGCGAGCUCAUUGCAUUGAGGAAGAAUGAGGGCGAAGAGGAGGAGAAAAAUGGCAAGAGGAAGUGGUGGACGACGACCAAGUACAGGCCCAUCCUAGGCAUUGUGCCUUUGGGCUACUCGCUAUCUACAGAGGAGCAGGUCGAAGUCGCCCUUGUUGAGCGGCCUCACUGGGCCAUUGACCUACCAGAGCGCUACGUUGGAAACAAGGAACGGACGUACUACUAG